UGUAUUAAAAUGAAAUUCCGUGAAUCGUGGAUGAAGCUGGCAGAGAAAAUCGAUGGUUCAGGGGAGAAUCGAAAAGAUGGAAGACGAGGGCAACCACGGCAACGACGAUACCAGAUGCUUCAUACUGUCGACGCUCGCCGCGCUACAGUGGUCAAGAGUGUCCUGCGUGCUAUGCCGCGCUCCGAUGCUGGUCUUCGACAGGUAUCCGUUGGUCGAUGGAACGUUCUUCCUGUCACCGAGACAACAUUCUCCCGCCUGUGCCGAGGUGAAGGUCGAAGGUCGCACGCAAUUCCUGUCGGCGGUGUGCAUGAGCUGCCUCGAAGGCAGCGGUGGGCAGCCUGUGCGUUGUCGUUGCUGUACUCAGCCGUGGGACGGCUCUAGCUUAGUCCUUGGAACGAUGUACAGCUACGAUAUCUUCGCUGCUAUGCCCUGUUGCACCGAGCGGCUCAAGUGCAACAGCUGCCAGAAGCCGCUGAUCUAUCCGCAUCAACGGCUGAACUUCUACUCGGACUACAGCCGCGUAUUCGCCUGUCCUCAUUGCCGAGCGGUCGACGCCCACUUUGUGAAGCCGCUCUCGGUCUGCUUCACCCGCGAGCAGUUUCAGCUGUACAGCCAGUGGCCGUAACCAUUAGAGAACUUAGCUAACCGGCGUCUAAACACCGCGACUGACCCGUGUCCCCUCUUUUUCGACCCGCUGAUCUCCCUGCUCCGGGCGACCUUGCUCUAGAUCCUCCGAACCACAGCAGAGUUUUCGCUGGACCCGUUUUAUUUUAUAUAUAUUUCUCUCUUCGGCUCCAUAUCCGUGGAACACGCGUGUACGAUCAUCGUCAUCGUGGGAAGAAACACAUAUACACAACAAAUAUAAACACAAGGAAAGAAAAACAAAAGAUUCAAGCAAAAUCUCGAACGCGCACACA